AUGAGUUUGAACCGGCGACUCAGACCGAACCCGCCGACUCAGAGGUCCGAUUCAGAUGACCUCGGAAUUCUCAACGAGCGGAUACUCUUCCUCGUCUUCCGGUCCAUGAAAUGGGAUAUUCAGGCGCUCUGCUCAACCGCGUCGGUGAACCACAAGCUCCGAGCAAUCGUGAAGAGGCUGCUGUGGCGGGAGCUCUGCGCGCAUAGCGCCCCUCGCAUGAUAGCGUCGCUGGAGAACGCUUCGCCGAGCGGUCGAAUCGGCGGCGGAUGGCACACGCUCGCGAAGCUCAUGUUCUUUUGCUGCGGCUGCGAGCCCACUCGGAAUUUCAAGGUGAGUCGACCCACCCCGGGCCACUUCGUCGAAUCGUCGAGGUUCUCUAAGACUUCGGGUCAGAGCUUCUUGACGAAGCGGUGCCGGGGCGAUUUGCUGUACGUCAGCGACCCGUGCGAGCAUCAGAUGGGGGAGAAGGAAGACGAUUUGGGGAUUUACAGAGGGGUAUUUAAGGGAUUUGACAAGUCAAAGACGAGGGCGUAUUUGAUCGGACGGCGAGUAAAGCUUGAAGAAAGGGUGAGAUGUCCUUACUGUGGGGCCCCCGAGUGGAGCAUGACCACGGCUGGGCUGGUGCCCAAGAGCGCGGCUCGGAGGCUUGGCUCGCAUCAUGGGGCGUUGGAGUAUUUUGUGUGUGUGAACGGGCACAUGCAUGGUUCGUGUUGGCUGGUGCCUUUGUCGUCCGAUGAUAAUGAGGAUGAGGAGAUGGACGGUAAUGAUGACUCCGAUUUCGAUGAUAAUGAUGGUGGAGUCCGCAGAAUUGGCUACGACGAUCGGACGGCCACAAAUGGAAGUAUGUGCUCUAUGGGGGAGGAAGUUGUGGUGGACGGGCCCGCAAAGUAA